AUGGUUCAUGCCAAGCUGAUAAGAAAGCUUCCGUCUGUGAAGGUGCUGACUAGGAAGCAGAUCAAGACCACCAUGUACGUCAAGUCGAAUACUCCGUAUAUCAGCGCCCUGAAGCGAAUCAAGAAGUUUCUGCGCGAUCUAGAGAAGAAUGGGGCCUCCUACGUUGUGGUUCUCGGCAUGGGGAAGGCCACUGAGAAGACAUUGUCGCUUGGAUGCCAUUUCGAGCAGCAACUAGGUAAGAAAGUGGAGGUAUUAACAAGAACGGUCGAGUUGGUCGACGAAGUAUCGGCAGAGAGUGAAGAAUCAAUCGAGAAUGAGGAUCUUCGCGACAUUGACCGAGAAACGACAUUGAAGAAACGUUGCGUGAGCGGAGUCGAGCUUCGGGUGUACCCAUGA